GGUUCUUAGUUUGUUGGAGUGUUGGGGAAGGGUCCGGAGGUUGCUGAAUGCGGACUUCCUAGGGAGGGGUGGCGGGUAUCUGGUACGCAGCUGAGGCCCAUGCCGAGCCGGCGCUGGUUGGUGCAAGCUGUCUGCCCUCUCGACGGGGAAACAACAUCACAUUUACUGAAUUUUAUAUGGUCAGAAAUCUGUUUAAAUCAAAGGACAAUUGACAACAAAUUUGAGAGGGGCUUGGAGAACACAUACCAGGAAUGGAUUCUCUCAACUAUGCAACGGUAUCUGAUUCAGCUGUGGAAAUUGAGAAUCAAAGUGAUAACUCUUCCUCUGGUAGCAGCUUAUUUAAAACUCAGUGUGUUCCUAUCCCACCUAAAAGGAGGCAAAGAAACCCUGUUAGAAAAUUUGUUCACAAACCUGAAAGUACUCAAGCAAGAGAUUCAUCUAGUGACUCAUCUAUAGAGCCAAGACCAUUGACUUUAAAAGCUAUUUUUGAAAGAUUCAAAAAAAAGAAACGUAAAAAGAGAAAAUACAAGCCAACGGGAAGAUCAAGGGGAAGACCAAAAGGAAGGAGAAACACUAGAAUCUCACAAAUAAAUAAGAAACAAUUUAAAGACAAAGGACCUGGUUUCCCAUUUUUAGAAUCAGGAAAUGGAAGAAAACUAUUACCUUGGAGAAAAAUUUUAACCUUUGAGCAAGCAGUGGCAAGAGGAUUUUUUAACUACCUUGAAAAACUGAAGUAUGAAUACCAUCUCAAGGAAUCCUUGAAACAAAUGAAUGUUGGUGAGGAUUUAGAAAAAGAAGACUUUGAUAGUCGUAGAUACAGAUACUUGGAUGAUGAUGGAUCUCUCUCUCCUAUUGAAGAGUCAGCAGCAGAGGAGAUUGCAACAAAUCUUGAACAUGAUGAAUGUGAUAUUAAAUUGGUGGAGGAUAAUUAUUUCAUAAUAAGUUCUGAAUUACCAAAGAAGAAGAAUGUAUAUUUGGAACAAGAGGAAUAUACUGAAGAAGCUGCACUGCCUAAAAAGAGAGCAUCAAAAUCCAAAACACUGGACAGAGGACAGAAUGGCCUGAAAAUAGAUAGGAUUAUGACUACCAGACAAGGAGUGAAUAUGAUUUAAACCUAAUACAUUUUUAGAGGGUCCUAAAGUAAAUCGCUUGAGGAACUUGGAUCCCAAAGAUUACAGGUGGGGAAUGUUGAAGUGUGUCCAUAUUUCAUUGGAGAUCAAAGAAGCCUAACUAAAAGAAUUGUGGCAAGGCUGACGCACACGAUAACUUCUUUUUGAAAGGGCUAUUUUAUCUUGAAGAUUAUGAGUUUGGAGGAACUAAGGUGAUUGGCAGUGGAAAGAAUCAGAACAUGUGAAAUUCCUUAAAAAUUUAUUGACUUAAAUAACUUUGUGUUACACAUAAUUAAAAAAAAACCCUUUACACUUUGUGCAGAAGGUCAGCAUAUAUUUUUGGCUCGAAGUUUCUCUAAUGUUUUCUGUGGAGGGAAUAAUAACAUUUAUCAGUUACAGUUCUGAUGUGCCUUGGACAUGAAAAAUUGGGGGCGGGGGCUGCUCACCUUAUGAAAUUCUUUUGCCCUUGCUCUGUUUUGGGCAUAUGCGUCUUGCUUUGCUUUCUCUUCCUUUUGCUUUUUCACUUCAGGUAACUGAUGGUAUAAUCUGUAAGAAAUUUAUAUGGAAUUAA